UGACAUUUAUUUAUGGAAUUUAGGUAAGAGUUAGAAAAGAAGCAAAGAAAGAAUCGAUCGACACGGAAAAUGGAAUUGACAAGUAAGGAAGAAAGGUGAUAUUCCUCAAUUUUCUCUUUCUUUUUCAACAACAAAAUCAGAGUUAUAAUGGAUGAACAUGGCGAUUGCAAUUUCAACCACUGAAGGAUGUCACAAACUUAUGUCUCUUACUGCUGCGGCUCUUGUGGAUACCCUCUGAAAUUGACAUCUUCAAAUCGUAUCACAUCUAACAUUGCAUCAGAAUACCAAAAGUCUGUUAAUAAAGGAUCAAUCUCCUUUUCUUCAGUUGAUCUCAGCCGUUUUACACAGGUUGAUGAAAUAAAUUGUUUUCCAGUCUCAUGGUUGUCUCGUUCAAAGACUAAACUGCUUUGCCGCAAAUGUGGGGUUCAUAUUGGUUAUGGUUAUAGUAGAGAAUCACCUGCACUUUGUGGAUGUGAGCCUUCCAUUUCACCUGGCUCUCUGACAAAAUUCACCGUAAAGAUUCGAUCAUUACAGCCUUCUUCAGAUGAGUCUUGAAAAGGUUGACAUGGAAGAUCUUUCCAAACUUGGCGCUACCUCCAUCACGCACUUACCAGAUGACUGCCUUACUAUUAUUUUUCAUGGUUUAGAUUGUCGUACUGAUCGUGAAUCAUUUGGCUUGACUUGCCGCCGAUGGCUCCGUAUCCAAAAUUUCAACCGUCGGACUCUGCAAUUUGAGUGUUCAUUUAGUAUAUUAAACCCUUCCUCUUUGUCUGCUAAGGGUCUUGAUGUUUACACCGUCCAUAUUCAUAGGUUGCUAAGGCGCUUUCAACAUUUAGAGUCUUUAUCUCUAUGUGGUUGCACGGAGCUCGAUGAUUCAGGACUAACCCGUUUGCUAAGCUACGGUUCAAAUUUACAAAAACUUAAUCUGGAUUGUUGUUUGAAAGUCACUAACUACGGGCUAUCCCUAGUUGCUUCUGGUUGCCCCUCAUUGACAACAAUUAGUCUCUAUCGGUGUCUUAUCAUUACUGAUGAAGGAUUAGAGACUUUAACCACUGCUUGCUUAUCUUUGAAAUGCAUAAACCUGUCAUACUGCUCACAAAUAUCUGACAAAGGGUUGAAAGCUCUUACUCAGCAGUGUCGCCAGCUUCAAGCUAUUAACGUAUCACACUGUGAGCGUAUAAGUGGCGUUGGAUUCGAAGGGUGUUCCAAAUCUCUCGUACACGUAGAGGCCGAGUCUUGUAAACUUAGCCUAGAAGGGGUAGUCGGAAUUGUUAGCGGUGGCGGAAUAGAGCAUCUAGAUGUAUCUUGCUUAAGUUGGUCACCUUCAGGAGAUCCCUUGCGUGGAAUAGGAUUUUCCUCAAGCCUCAAAAUCCUAAACUUUCGAAUGUGUAGAUCAGUUUCUGAUGCUUCUAUUAUUGCAAUAGCCAAGGGAUGUACACUACUUGAAGAAUGGAACUUAGCAUUAUGUCAUGAGGUGAGUAUAUCUGGAUGGCAAGCAGUGGGGUUAUAUUGCCAGAAUUUGAAGAGACUGCAUGUGAAUCGAUGCCUCAAUCUUACUGAUAAUGGCUUGCGGGCGUUACGAGACGGUUGCAGAAGUCUCUCCAUUUUGUACUUGAAUGGUUGUGCUCGAGUGACACCUUUAGCAUUAGAGUUAUUCAAGUCUCAUAGAGGCGAUGUUUGCAUAAAGGAAGAAGAGGUAAUGUGCAUAAAGCCUUACUCCCCAUUCAGAUGAUACUGGCUGAUACAGAAUUAUCAACAAUCUAGACAUUAAAUGUAUUCUCAUUAUAGAGAAAGGUCUGCAUACAGCUGAGAAUAUUUAUCAGUUGUCUUAUAAGGUCUUUAUUUGUAUAAAAUAUAUUUUAAAACUUGUGGUUACUUCUAUUUAUACAUUAUUUAGAUACUACCUGGUAUAGAUUAUCAUAUGUCAUAAAUAUGCACACAAAUAAUUCUGGAAUUGGAUUGGAUGGAAGUACACUAGUAUUGUAAUUUGUACCCCUGAGGGAUCUCAAUACAUACUGUCACUUUGAGAACAA